UUCCCAUGCAAGUCAUAUGAGUUAUAGGGCUUAAUCACAGAUAGAGAGAGUGAGAUAGGGAGAAGGUUUGGUUAUGGAGGAUUUCCUGUGGAGAGUGAGGGUCUGGGGGUCUGUGUGUUUGAGAAAGUGUUGUUGGUGUUGUGGAGAUAAGAGACAUAAUGAAGUCAGAAGAGAAGACAGAGUGGAAACAUUUGAGAUGAGUGUAGAAGAGUUAAAAGAAGGGAUAAAACCCGAAGAGAAGCCAUCAAAAACUUGGAGUGUGUCUUCCCUCCCCACUGCUGAGCUUUGUGAGUUGGACGGGGUGGAGAAACCACAGCCGCACUGGUUUCACACGCUGCAGGUGCGACGGCUCCGAGUUCAGAGGGGCCGCAGUAACAGCGAUCCGUUGGGAGGAAAGAGCUUCCAACAAGAGUUUCAGUGGAAAACCGGCCUGCAGUUUGGAAAUGCAACAUCUUACUUGAACCUUGAAAAACUUGGAGAAGGAACAUAUGCCACAGUGUACAAAGGAAUUAGCAGAAUUAAUGGCCAUCUGGUGGCUUUGAAGGUGAUUCACAUGAAAACUGAGGAAGGAAUUCCAUUCACAGCCAUUAGAGAAGCCUCCCUGUUAAAAGGCCUGAAACACGCCAACAUCGUCUUGCUCCAUGACAUCAUCCACACUCGAGAGUCUCUUACCUUCGUCUUUGAGUAUGUGCAAACAGAUUUGGCUCAAUACAUAAUUCAGCAUCCUGGCGGACUUCACUCGUACAACGUCAGGCUGUUCAUGUUUCAGUUGUUGCGAGGAUUGUCUUUUAUUCAUAGCAGAAGAAUUCUGCAUCGAGACCUCAAACCUCAGAAUCUGCUCAUCAGUUAUCUGGGAGAGCUUAAACUCGCAGAUUUUGGACUGGCACGCUCUAAAUCCAUACCAUGCCAAACAUACUCUGCAGAAGUCGUGACUUUAUGGUACCGACCGCCUGAUGUUCUCAUGGGCUCCACUGAUUACUCCACUGCCCUGGACAUCUGGGGAGUUGGCUGCAUUUUCAUUGAGAUGCUACAGGGGUCAGCAGCGUUUCCUGGAGUAGCCGAUGUCUUUGAACAGCUGCUGAAGAUCUGGGCAGUUCUCGGCGUUCCGACCGAGGAAAGCUGGACAGGUGUCAGUGAUUUGCCAAACUAUAAACCAGAGUGGUUCCUGUCCUGCAAGCCCAAGCAAUUUCGAGAUGUCUGGAAAAGGCUCGCACAGUUACCUUAUAAGACGGAGGAUCUGGCCCAGCAGAUGCUGAUGAUGAAUCCAAAGGACAGGAUUUCAGCCCAGGAUGCAUUGCUGCACCCAUAUUUCAGCACUCUUCCACCUCCGUUAAUGCAUCUAAGGGACACUGUGUCCAUCUUUAAGGUGCCGGGCGUGAGGUUAGAGGUGGAAGCAAGGGAUAUCUUCAUUCCGAGCAGACGGAUGAAAUCACCUCUCGCUCCUUUAGCCAAGUGCUGGUGAAAGAUUACUCUUUGCAAAUAAAAAAAGGGGACUCUCCUCAACCACCACCAGUAUGCAGCAUUCAACAGGAUGAUGCGACGGCAGCCAUAGUGCACCAGUACACUCAACACACACCAGCUAUUGGUGGACAGGAGAGAGGAGAGUGAUGGAGCCAAUUCAUGGAUGGGGAUUAUUAGGAGGCCAUGAUUGAUAAGGGCCAAUUUAACAACCACAGAGAAUCAGGACUUCAGUUUAAUGUCUCAUCCGAAAGACAGUGCUUUUUUACAAUAUAGGGUCCCGUCACUACACUGGGGCAUUUAGGACACACACAGAUUGCAGUGUGAGCACCCCCUGCUGGCCUCACUAACACCUCUUCCACUUUGUGUGACGAUAAGAAAGAAAUUUAAAGGGAUAGUUCACCCAAAAAUAAAAAGUAUUUCAUAAUUGACUCACUUGACCAUCCCAGAGGUGUAGGACUUUCCUUCUUCUGCAGAACACAAAUGAAGAUCUUAUUCAAGUUGAAAAUAUUUCAGCUCUGAAGGUCCAUACAUUGCAAGUGAAUGGUGACCAGACCAGAAAUCACAUGAAAGCAGCAUAAAAGUAAUCCAUAUGACUUCAGUGGUUUUAUAUAUGUCUUCUGAAGUGAUGCAAUCAAUUUGGGUGAGAAACAGAUCAAUAUUUUUUCUAUAAAUCUCCACUUUCACUUUCAAAACUUAAAUAUUGACCUGUUUCUUACCCACACCUAUUAUAUCGCUUCUGAUGACAUAGACUUAACCACUGGCAUUGUAUGGAUUACUUUUAUGCUGCUUUUAUGUGAGUUUUGGAGCUUAAAAGAUCUGGUCACCAUUCACUUGCGUUCUGCAGAAGAAAGAAAGUCAUGUACAUCUGGGAUGGCAUGAAAGUGAGUUCAUUUUGAGAGAUCUUUAUUGACUCAUUCAUAUCGAAUCAUUAAUAAAGAUACAGCGUAAUGUCAUGAUGUUUGGUCAUGAGACGCAAUGAGAAACAGUUUGAUGUUUUUGAUGUAGCUGCUAUGUUAGAUUCAAGCACUUUAUUAAUGUUUUGACAUUAUUUGAGAGUGAAUAACAACUUAAAUUGCGUGCUUUCAGCUUGACAGAUGAGAGUUACUAUUCACUUUCAUGACUGGCAAAUAAACUGUAAAAAGUUCCCCAAAACAAAUUAAGUCAUGUGGGUUUAGAGCAACAUUUGGUAGUAAUUACAGCAAUGGUGAUUUUCAUUUUUGGGUGAACUAUUCCUUUAAACGUGACACUAUGUUUCAGCAUGACAGUCAGUGUGUAUGUUGUUUAUUCAGAUCCAAAUCAGCUGUAACAAAUAUGUGACUUUUAUUAAGAAUAAUCAGACUGCAAUUUCGUAAGAUUUAUGUUUUUAAAUGUCUGAUUGAUAUCAUCUAAGAGAGUACUUAUUGGUAGACAGAUUUACACAGUAGUGGUCAAAAUACAGUGUCUCCGAGCACAAUGGCACAGAAACUGUAUUCCAAACACAUUUCAUGAUACAUAUAGCUUGUUCAUUCAGAAAGGAUCAGGUCAAUACAUCUGCAUUCCUGGCUGUCAGCUAAGACCAGGGGUGCCAAACUCAAUUUAGGUCAAGGGCCAGAUUGGACUAAGCGUCACUGUAUAUGGGCCACACUGUGAAUACGUGUGUAUAUACUGUAUAUAUACUAUAUAUAUACUAUAUACAGUACUGUGCGAAAGUCCAGUCUUAGGCACAAAAGAUGUUUCACAAAAGCCUUUGUCUUAAGAUGGUUAUUUAUAUCUUCAGCUUUAGUGUGUCAAUAGAAAAUAUAAAUGCUAGAUACACAAACAUUACUUUUGCAAAAAGAAAAUAUUAGAAUAGAAGAACAGGGAGCCCUGCAACAAAUCCCAUUGCCCCACAAAGCCCCCCACUGAACAUCGUGUCAGUCUGAGAUUACAUGAAGAGACAGAAGCAAUUAAGACUGAAAUAGAUAGAAAAACUGUGGUAAAUUCUCCAAGAAGCUUGGAACAUCCUAUCUGCCAAUAACCAAGAAAAACUGUGUUCAGGCACACCAAAUAUUGGUGCUGUUUUAAAUGCAAAGGUGGUCGCACCAAAUAUUGAUUUAGCUUUUUUCAUGUUUACUGGGCUUUCUAUGACAUUAAGUGAUAAUCAUGUAUUAUAAUUAUAAAACCAUUAAUUACAAGAAUUGUCUAUCUGAUCUUAAUGCUAUCAUUAGAACAACAAGUGAAAUGACUGAAUUCAGUUUUUAACAAAUUUUGUACAUAUAACAGUUCUUGUUUCUUUGUUGUGGUGGUGGCGGCUUAGUGGGCUAGAGCACAUAACUGGUAAUCAGAAGGUUGCUGGUUCUAUCCCCACCACCACCAACAUUGUGUCCUUGAGCAAGGCACUUAAUUCCAGGUUGCUCCGGGGGAUUGUCCCUGUAAUAAGAGCACUGCAAGUCGCUUUGGAUAAAAGCGUCUGCCAAAUGCAUGUAAAUGUAAAAUGUUUCAUUUUGGCAUGACAGCGAGCACAGACUUGCAGAUUGGUAAGUGAAUCAGACAUACACUAGUGGCCAAAGGUUUGGAAUAAUGUACAGAUUUUGUUUUUUUGGAAAGAAAUUGCCACUUUUAUUCACCAAAGUGGCAUUCAACUGAUCACAAAGUAUAGUCAGGACAUUACUGAUGUAACGGGAGGAUUUUUUGUUGAUAACUCUUUAAAGUAGUUUAAGUUAAAAAAAUAAAAUUGUAAUAGUAAUUUUCACAUUAUUAAUGUCCUGACUAUACAUUGUGAUCAGUUGAAUGCCACUUUGGUGAAUAAAAGUGGCAAUUUAUUUCCAUAAGAGCAAUUCUGUACAUUAUUCCAAACUUUUGGCCGCCAGUGUAAUUCAGCUACUGUGUUUCAAUGAGUUUAUUCAGUGAAGGAUACGUCAGAUUGAUUCAAACCAAUAACUCUUGAGUUGGCAAGUCAUUCGGAGAAAUUCUUUGAAAGUGUCAGCUCAUAAGAUUCAUUUAUUGGUUUUGAGGACUGUUUUUGAUUUCAAUUACAACCCUGCUUGGUAAAAACAGUAAUUCUGGAAACAAUAAUAAAGUUAUUAAUGUCGUGGGGAAUUAAAAGAAAUUCCACCAAUGAUGCAAGUUAUAACAUCCAUGUAAAACCAUAAAUUAUAAUGUUUAUCUGCCCUGCUGUAGCUAAAAAAGAUCAUCACAAGCAAAGAUUCAAUCAGUGUCAAUGUGACUCUUCCCAGCUGAUGUAAAGAUGUACAGCAAUAUUGGUCAGCAACAAACAGUUGUUCUAUUUGUUAAUAUUCUAUUAUGUUCUAUUAGCUUCAAGCAAUAGUCACAGAUCUCAUAUCUGGCUCAAUGCUUUUGUUAGUGAACGUUAUCUGCGAUACUGUGACAAUUGUGCGUGUUUGUAAUUUCAUGAAAUUAUUUUAAAUCCCACUGUGUAUUAAUGUCAAAAUAAAUAUUGUAAACAUUACAGUUAGCUUGUCUGUCCUUUAGAUUUACUUUCCGUGCCACCACUGUGGUGUUGAACGAGGAGGCACUUAAAGGAAUAAUUCACCCAGAAAUUAAAAUGUUGUCAUAAUUUACUCAAAGUUAUGCUGUUCCAAACCCAUAUGACUUUCUUUCUUAUGCAGAAAACUAAAUUUGAAUAUUUUACGGAUAUUGUGGUCCAUCUUUUCAAUACAAAACAAAGUAAAAGGUGCACUCAGUAAGUUUUUGUUCACAGUGGCUUGGAUGCAGCAUCAUUCAAACUCAGUAGUUUUUAGUUACUGAUGCCAUUGCAGAAGUGGACUAUUCACAGUCAGCCAGGAUUAAUUAAAUCCCUGAAUGAAAGUGUCAAUAACAGUGCGGUUACUGAGAUCAAACGAGUAGUAUUCAGCUGGUCAUGUGAUUUUAAAA